UUUCGAACAGCGAACGCGUCAAGACGGUCAGGAGAGAACGGAUCUCCCCAAAGAAAAACUCAAACAGUUCUUCGAGUGCAAAGAAAAUCUGGCAAAUAAAUAAAUAUAUAACACAAACAAGUGCCAAAAGUGAAUGAAGUUUAACAAAUUUAAAUCUGGAAAUAUUUCAAAAUGAAUAUUUAAUACGAAUCAAUCAAGUGUUUGCGGUGAAUAAAAGUGAAAAGUUAUUCCAAUCAAAUCUAGUUACAACUCAACUUUGUUCAGUGCUCGAAAGAAGUGCAAUAAUGUUUGAGAAAAAUAUGGAUACAAAUAAUCUAUCAGUGUCGAUUAGCGGGGAUCUGGACUCGACCAGUUCCGGCGGCACUUCAUCGGAUCAUUCGGCGGUGCAACAGGAUAAUCUGAGCUCACCCAUGACCUAUGGAUCACUCUUCCUGCCAAAUCCCGGUUAUCGUGGCAAUCUGUCGUGCAAAACCGUCUUGCAGUUGGAUAAAUUUGGGACCUAUGAGGGCGCGGAGAAGGAUCAUCUGUUGGAGCGACGCUUUCAGGAUAUUACCAACGAUUAUGACAAGUCCCCACCGCCCACAGCCUCCACCACGCCCACACAUUAUCCCUCACUGAACAGCAUAAUGUUCGAGAAUGGCGGCGGCGGCGGCGGUGUCGGCGGCCCCUUGGGCGAUCUCAAUGGUAAUACGAAGACGGAUGCCCUGUGCACGGGUCUCCAAAGAGGUGGUGGCGGUCUAGCGGGUCACCCGGGCAGCGGUGGACACCUAAUAUCGAAUCUAACGGCUGCCCACAACAUGUCCGCCGUGGGCAACUUUCCCAUCGAUGCCAAAAUGCUGCAAUUCUCCACAGAUCAGAUCCAAUGCAUGUGCGAGGCACUGCAGCAGAAGGGCGACAUUGAGAAGUUAACCACCUUUCUGUGCAGCCUGCCGCCCAGCGAAUUCUUCAAGACCAACGAGAGUGUGCUGCGUGCCCGCGCCAUGGUCGCCUACAAUCUGGGACAAUUCCACGAACUAUAUAACCUGCUGGAGACGCACUGUUUCUCCAUCAAGUACCAUGUGGAUCUGCAGAAUCUCUGGUUCAAGGCGCACUACAAAGAGGCCGAAAAGGUGCGCGGUCGUCCCCUGGGCGCUGUCGACAAGUAUCGCCUGAGAAAGAAGUAUCCCCUGCCCAAGACGAUAUGGGAUGGCGAGGAGACGGUCUACUGCUUCAAGGAGAAGUCGCGGAAUGCCCUAAAGGAUUGCUAUCUGACCAAUCGCUAUCCCACGCCCGAUGAGAAGAAAACGCUGGCCAAGAAGACGGGCUUGACGCUCACCCAAGUAUCCAAUUGGUUCAAGAAUCGCCGGCAAAGGGAUCGUACGCCCCAACAACGAUCUGAUAUUAUGUCGGUGCUGCCCGUAGGCCAGUUGGAUGGCAAUGGCUUCCCGCGCAUGUUCAAUGCUCCCAGCUAUUAUCCCGAGACGAUUUUCAAUGGGCAAUAAACUGAGAAGUUCGAACCAUUGGAAAGGGGGUUCCAUUGUUUUGUAAAUACUGCGAUUUUAUGUU